AUGCCACCCAAGCCGCCAGCCAAGGGAGCGAAAAAAGCCGCUAAGAGUCAGAAGGCCAUCCGUGCCGGGGACAAGAAGAAGAGGCAUCGUCGGAAGGAGAGCUAUUCUGUCUUCAUCUACCGCGUACUCAAGCAGGUCCAUCCCGACACGGGAGUGUCGUCAAGCGCGAUGUCGAUCAUGAACUCGUUUGUGAACGACGUCUUCGAACGUAUUGCCGCUGAGGCUUCGCGUCUUGCGCACUACAACAAACGAUCGACCAUCUCCUCCCGCGAAAUCCAGACCGCAGUCAGACUGAUCCUCCCAGGAGAGCUUGCCAAGCACGCCGUUUCCGAGGGCACGAAGGCCGUUACCAAGUACACUUCGAGCAAGUGA